AUGUUGUGGAGGAGUAGGGCGAAUCGGACAUUGUCUCGCUUGUGCCGCUGUGAUUAUCAGGCAUUAUUUAAUGCUGCUGAGGGUGUAACAGAGUGUUUCAACCAACAGCAGAAAAAUCAGUUUGAUGUAUGGAUGCUUCAUGCGGUGCUAGCUAAUGAUCUCUGUACUGAUGACAGUUUUGUGGAUCAGGAUCUAAUUUAUGUAGAUCAGGAUCAGGAUCAGAAGAAGCCUGGAUAUGUUCACCAAGUUUUAUUUGAUGUUGCCACCAAGUUUUGGUGCAUGUGUAUUUGUUUUUUGAUUGUAUGUACACUUGUUGGAUCGUGCAGUAUGUGCUAUUGUACAUGUGCUAUUGUGAGUUUCAUUGAUAGAUUUUUGGAUUUGAUCAUUUAA